GCGGGGUUUGAGGGCCGGCGGACGAGGCCGAGGAGGCGGCGGUGAGGGACGUGCUGAGGGCCGGGGGCUGGAGCCGGACCCUCUAACUUGUUUCCAAAAUGGAUUCUACAAUGAAUGCUGGACAGAUUCGCCAGAAGUUCAUUGAUUUCUUCAAGUGUUACAACCACGAGUAUGUCCACUCCUCAGCGACUAUCCCUCUCGAUGACCCCACGCUUCUGUUUGCCAAUGCCGGUAUGAACCAGUUUAAACCAAUUUUCCUGAACACUAUUGACCCAUCCCAUCCAAUGGCAAAACUAACAAGAGCUGCAAACACUCAGAAAUGCAUCCGCGCAGGAGGGAAACACAACGAUCUGGAUGAUGUGGGAAAGGAUGUUUAUCAUCACACCUUCUUUGAGAUGUUGGGUUCUUGGUCCUUUGGUGAUUAUUUCAAGGCAUUGGCAUGUGAGAUGGCGUUAGAGCUGCUGACAAACGAAUUCGGGAUCCCCAUCGAACGGCUGUAUGUGACUUAUUUUGGCGGGAAUGAGAAAGCAGGGCUGGAACCAGAUCUUGAAUGCAAGCAAAUCUGGCUAAAUCUGGGAAUGGCUGAGGAACGGAUUCUGCCAGGAAGCAUGAAGGAUAAUUUCUGGGAGAUGGGUGAUACUGGACCUUGUGGUCCCUGCAGUGAGAUACAUUACGAUCGUAUUGGAGGCCGUGACGCUGCUCACCUGGUCAAUAUGGAUGACCCUAACGUUCUGGAGGUCUGGAACCUUGUGUUCAUUCAGUUCAACAGAGAAGUUGAUGGCAGUCUGAAACCUCUGGCAAAGAAGAGUAUUGAUACAGGAAUGGGUUUGGAAAGGCUUGUGUCAAUCCUGCAGCAAAAGAUGUCAAACUAUGACACUGACCUGUUUCAACCUUAUUUCAAAGCCAUCCAAAAGGGCACUGGAGCCAGGCCGUACACUGGGAAGGUGGGGUCUGAGGAUGUUGAUGGAAUAGACAUGGCAUACAGAGUGCUGGCAGAUCAUGCAAGGACGAUAACAAUUGCUUUGUCUGAUGGAGGUAGACCAGACAACACUGGUAGAGGGUAUGUUUUGAGGAGGAUUUUACGAAGAGCAGUGCGAUACUCUCACGAGAAGCUGAAUGCGUCAAAGGGUUUCUUUGCAACCCUGGUUGAUGUGGUGGUGGAAUCUUUGGGGGAUGCAUUCCCAGAGCUAAAGAAAGACCCAGAUAUGGUGAAGGAUAUUAUUAAUGACGAAGAGGAGCAGUUUCUGAAGACACUGAAUAGAGGGCGUCGUAUCUUAGAGAGGAAGAUCCAAAGUUUGGGGGAAAAUAAAAGAAUUCCAGGUGACACUGCCUGGCUGCUUUAUGAUACCUAUGGUUUCCCUGUGGAUUUAACUGGGCUGAUCGCUGAAGAGAAGGGCCUCAUUGUCGACCUGGAGGGCUUUGAAAAUGAGAAAAAGGCUGCUCAACUGAAGUCUCAGGGUAAGGGUAUGGGUGAUGAUGACCACAUCAUGCUGGAUGUCAAUGCCAUCGAUGAUCUGCGUGCCAAGGGCUUUGAGGCCACUGAUGAUUUGCCAAAAUACAACUACACGUCAGAUGAGAAUGGAAACUAUGUUUUUGAAUCCAUAGAGGCCACAGUGAAAACGGUUCGCAGGGAGAAAACUUUCAUGGAGGAAGUACAGACAGGCCAGGAUUGCGGCCUGCUGCUGGAUAGGACAUGCUUCUAUGCUGAGCAAGGUGGUCAGAUUUACGACGAAGGCUACCUGAUAAAAGUGGACGACAGCAGUGAAGAUAAAACUGAGUUCACAGUGAAAAACGUACAGGUACGAGGUGGCUAUGUCCUCCAUAUUGGAACGGUUUAUGGACAGCUGAAAGUAGGGGAUAAAGUUCGUCUCUUCGUUGAUGAGGCCAAGAGGCGAUCUGUCAUGAGUAAUCACACUAGCACCCACAUGCUGAACUUUGCUCUGCGGUCUGUGCUGGGCGAGGCUGACCAACGGGGCUCUCUGGUGGCACCGGAUAGGCUGCGUUUCGAUUUUACAGCAAAGGGAGCAAUGAGCACUCAGCAGAUCAAAAAAACUGAAGAGAUCACAUGCAAAAUGAUUCAAGAAGCUAAGCCAAUUUAUGCCAAGGAUGCUGCCCUUGCUGCAGCAAAGGCUAUUCAGGGUCUUCGUGCCGUAUUCGAUGAGACAUACCCCGACCCAGUGCGAGUGGUGUCUGUGGGGAUCCCGGUGGAGGAUAUGCUGGCUGACCCAUCAGGACCAGCGGGCUCUAUUACUUCAGUCGAGUUCUGCGGUGGAACACACUUACAGAACUCUCGCCAUGCCGGUCCUUUUGUGAUUGUAUCAGAAGAAGCUAUCGCUAAGGGCAUCAGGAGAAUAGUAGCUGUCACAGGAUCUGAGGCUCAAAAGGCACUAAGAAAGGCAGACAUGCUACAGAAUUUUCUUGUUCAACUAGAAUCAAAGGUCCAGAUCCAGACAUCUCCCAAUAAAGAGAUCCAGAAAGAGAUUGCAGAUCUCACGGAGAUGAUUAGUGCUGCAGUCAUUCCACAGUGGCAAAAAGAUGAGCUGAGGGACAAGCUGAAAUCACUAAAGAAGAUUAUGGAUGAUCUGGACAGAGCCAGUAAAGCUGACUUGCUGAAGAAGGUACGGGAGAAGACGAAGCAGUUCAUAGAUACUAAUCCAAACCAACCACUGGUUGUCAUGGAAAUGGAAGCAGGGGCACCAGCCAAGGCGCUGAAUGAAGCUCUGAAGCUGUUUAAGACACACUCCCCCCAGACAGCAGCAAUGCUGUUUGCUGUGGACAUUGAUGCAGGAAUGAUCACAUGCUUAUGUCAAGUGCCCCAGGAGGUGGUAAGCAGGGGCCUGAAAGCCAGUGACUGGGUCAACCAUAUCUUGGAUCUGCUGGACGGAAGAGGAGGAGGAAAGGACAUGUCAGCCCAGGCCACUGGGAAAAACGUCACCAGCCUCGACAAGGCACUGAAGCUGGCAACCGAGUUCGCUGAGCUGAAAAUAGGAGACCUCAAAAACUAGUCACAAAUGUUGCAGUUAACAUCACUUGAAAGACCGUCCAUGCGGCCGGGGCUCUUCUGCUGCAGGGGUUUAGGGCCACUACUGCCGAGAGGUGUGGGUGUUGAGGGAGGUGCAUUGUCACAUUCUCCUCCAAGAAAUCCUGCCUGUUAAUGUUAAAACCGUGAACUUCUGUUUCACUAAGUCAAUAGAACAGCUUAGUAAUCGAUCAUCUCUGUAAAAUCUUCAAACUGUUGCAAUAAGGGACUGGCUGUGAGAAAAUCUGUGUUAGCCUAUUUAAAAUGGCUCUAAUUCAUUAAAAGGAUUUGCACCCAUAAGCUUAAAGUAAUACUGGUGUUGUACUGGUUACAGAUUUGGAGUAUGCUAUUUAUUUUCAGAUUCAGAUCACCUGUCUCUUGUUUGCUGCCUCAUGAUGAUGCUGUCAUUACCUAGUCAUAUGUAACCAUUGUUCAAGACAAUGUAAACAAUAAAAACUCUUCAUUAUGUGAACGA